AUGGCCAGCGAGGCCGUUCUCGUAACCGGGGCUUCUGGACGAUUGGGAAGCCAGAUUGUUACACGCCUUGUGGAAGGUGGCCUGUCUGUUGUGGCUACCGACCGAGUCAGCCCUGCGGAUAAGGACAAGCUCUGGGGCCCAAGGGCACAUGAGGUCACUUUCGUCCAAGCCGAUCUAUGUGAUGCAGCUGCUAUGAAGCACCUUGCUGCAAAGGUCACUUCGGUCGUCCAUGUCGGUGCAAUUCCAGGGCCUUCCGAACACCCGCCGCCGCCAGUCGAUCCUGUGACGAAUCCGCCCAUCGGACUUGAGAAGGUGACUGGGGUUGAACUGCUGCGACAAAACCUACUUGGUACCUGCAUGCUGUUCGAGGCCAUCGCCGCUCUACCUGCAAGCAAAAGGGUGGUGUUCUCCUCUUCCUUGUUUGCCAUGGGCUGGUCUCACGAACCUGCUGCUUUCAUGCCAGACUUCCUGCCAUUGGACGAAACGCAUGUGCCAGAGCCUCUUGAGCAUUAUGGCUUGAGCAAAUGUUUUUGCGAAGACUUUGCGGAGAUGCUCCUCCGUGCUGCCCGCACUCCGAGUGUCGAAGAUGGCGAAGCGGAAAACGGCCCGCCGUGCAAGAGGCCAAAGCAAAACAACCUGUCUUUCGUGUCCCUACGCUUUUCCAACAUCAUCAAGGCCGAAAAGUGGACCGAGUUGCCUCUGAAGUUACCGCAACAUGCAGUGACACCUUUGAUGUGGGCUUACUGUCACGAGCACGAUGUCGUCGAAGCGCAUGUCAAAGCCCUGCUGCUGCCUUCGAGUGAAUUGUCAUCCAAGUGUGAGACGUUUCUCGUUGUGGCCCCGGACACUCGCUAUGAUGUGCCUACCGUGGAGUUGAUCAAGCACCAUUUCAACAAGACUGGUUGUAUGCUGCCCGGUCAAUCAAACCUGUUCGGUUUCGCAUCGAUCGUCAGCAACAGGAAAGCAGAAAGGCUGCUGGGCUUGACUUUCAGAUCUUUUCGAUCAUCGGGACUGGAACAUGCUCUAGCAGAUGAAGCAAGAAUUUUUGAAGCACCGGCAUCUUUUCGCCUUCGAACGGGCGAAGCUGCAUCCGGACUGCGGCUUGUGUACAAGAUGUACGGACAGCUGAACGCAGAGAAAUCCAACUGCAUCCUUCAUCCCACCUCCUUUGAUGCCACACACCCUGAGCUAGAGUUCAACAUUGGGCCCGGCCAGACGUUGGACACAAGAAAGUUUUGUGUUAUCAUCAUCAAUCUUCUUGGGAACGGCCUUUCCACCUCACCUAGCUCCCGCUUGGGUAAAGAUCACGAGCAGUUCCCGCAGGGCGGAACGACAAUGUGCGACAAUGUCCGUCUGCAGGCACUUCUACUCGAUUCCCUUGGUGUGACGAGCCUGGCUCUUGUAUAUGGCUACUCUAUGGGAGCAAUGCAAGCCCUACACUGGGCAGCCAUGUUCCCCAAUCGAGUCAAACGAGUGGCAGCAGUUUGUGGUUCUGCCCAGCCCAGUGACUUCAACAUAACUUUCCUGGAUAGUUUGGAAGCAGCCUUACUCGCAGACAGCGACUGUAAGGACGAUGGUCGCCUAGGGAUGAGAUUGCAUGGUUCGUGCCAGCGUGGUCUCAAAGCAUUUGCACGCAUUUAUGCUGGCUGGGGCGUUUCGCGGGAGUUUUACAAACAGGAGAUAUGGCGGAAGACAUCGAGGGAUGGGCAGCCUUUUACCAGCCGAGAGGAUUUUGUGCGUCGUUCGUAUGAAGGAGGAUUUAUUAAUGCCAGCCCCUUGAACCUCCUUGCGCAAAUACGGACCUGGAGGUGUGGUAACAUAUGCGAAGCUUAUGGAAUGCCAAGUGGAAUUUCACUGAAGGAUGCUUUGGGACGUAUCACAGCCAGGGUUGUGCUGAUGCCAUGCAGCACCGAUGCCUACUUCAGUGCAGCGGAUAUUGAGUUGGAGGCGCAGAUGAUCUCCAAAUGUCGCUUUAUGCCGAUCAAUUCUGUGUGGGGUCAUCGCGCUGGUGAUCCCCAUCGCCCCGGACAGGAGGCAGGGGCCGUUCGCAUCGCCAGGUUAAACCUCAGAGCCAGCUCAUGUCGGCACGCGGUCGUAUAG